UGGCUGCCAGUGCUGGGGGCAGGACAUGAGCCGCUACCUUCUACCGCUGUCCGCGCUGGGCACUGUGGUGGGGGGCGCCGUGCUGCUCAGGGACUAUGUCGCCGGUGGGUCUUGCCCCAGCAAGGCCACCAUACCUGGGAAGACGGUCAUUGUGACAGGUGCCAACACAGGCAUUGGGAAGCAAACUGCCCUGGAACUGGCCAAAAGAGGAGGCAACAUCAUUCUGGCCUGUCGAGACAUGGAGAAGUGUGAGGCGGCAGCAAAGGAUAUUCGUAGGGAGACCCUCAAUCACCAGGUCGAUGCCUGGCACCUGGACCUGGCAUCCCUUAAGUCCAUCCGAGAGUUUGCAGCGAAGGUCAUUGAAGAGAAGGAGCGAGUGGACGUUCUGAUCAACAACGCAGCCGUGAUGCGGUGCCCCCACUGGACCACUGAGGAUGGCUUUGAGAUGCAGUUUGGUGUGAAUUAUUUGGGUCACUUUCUCUUGACGAACUUACUGCUGGACAAGCUGAAAGCCUCAGCCCCAUCACGGAUCAUAAACCUCUCAUCCCUGGCUCAUAUUGCUGGACAUAUAGACUUCGAUGACUUGAACUGGCAGAAGAGGAAGUAUGACACCAAGGCGGCCUACUGCCAGAGCAAGCUGGCUGCGGUGCUUUUCACCAGGGAGCUGAGCCGGCGGCUGCAAGGCUCUGGUGUGACUGUCAAUGCCCUGCACCCUGGUGUGGCCCGCACAGAGCUGGGCAGGCACACGGGUAUGCACAGCUCUGCCUUCUCCAGCUUCACACUUGGGCCCAUUUUCUGGCUUCUGGUCAAGACUCCCCAGCUGGCGGCCCAGCCCUGUACCUACCUGGCUGUGGCGGAGGAAUUGGAGGGAGUUUCUGGAAAGUACUUCGAUGGACUCAAAGAGAAGGCCCCGGCCCCCGAGGCUGAGGAUGAGGAAGUAGCCCGGAGGCUGUGGGCUGAAAGUGCCCGCAUGGUGGGCUUGGAGAUGGCUCAUGGGUCCUCUGUGAAGACACAGCCCCUCCCAGGAUCACCUGUGGCACAGGUUUGAAAGCCAUGUGCGAACUGCGCCCCCCCACCAGCUGCCACACUCACAGCAUCCUCUAGAGGGCAGAGUUGGCUUCACUUCCCUGCCAGCUGUGGUGCGCUGGGCUGGAGGUGGAUGUGGCAUGGGCAGCUGGCACCAUGUACCCUGCUGUCCCCCAGGCAUGGGAAUCUGGAUAAGCCAAGGCUAGAGUUGGUACCCUCUGGUUAUGGGCAGUGUGAGAGCGCCAGGUGGUUGAGGUGGGGCCCAUGGCCUCCUGUGAAGAGUGUGGCCAGGUGUCUGCCAGGCAGGUGGUGUUCCGGGUUCCCUGUGGGCCCCGUCUGCUCUCAGGCCAUGGCCUCUCCUGUGGUAAGGUGCUCACAGGAACAACCUCAAGGGGUCACGUGGUGAUUGGAGCUGUUGCCUGGCCAGUGGGUGCCACUGAACAUUCCCUGCUGGCGAGUGUUAGAUGAGCCUUUCCGUGUGCUGGACCCUGGUGACCUUGCAGAUAGUCCACACAGACCCUACCUCAUUACCGUUGAGUUUGUGCUUCCUAAUGGCCUGGAGUGAAGGUCCAGCAGCUGCUGGUGGGACCCAGGAGUGCCUGGGUUGACAACCUUCCUUUCAAUCCUAUGGUGGCUUACACCACAGACUCUCGGAAUCACUCUUAACAGCAACAAUAAUA